AUGGCGCUGACUACCCCACUGGCCGCGCCGGUUACAGACAUCACGGAUACUAGUCAGAGAGGCCACCCUCCUGCGCCUAUAAUACUUCCGGACACCAUAACGACUCCGUCAGGUGACCUCUGGCCGCCUCCAUACUACAUCGAGAAGGGCCUGCGCCGAGUUCGACCAUAUCACUUCACUUACAACACGUAUUGUAAGCAGCGAUGGAGGGGCCGCACGAUUUUAGAUAUCUUCUCGUCAGAAUUCCGCGACAGGGACCGGGAAUACUAUCGCCAUGCAAUCGAGAGCGGGCAAAUAGCGAUCAACAACAAGCCUUGUUGCGACACGACCACGAUUGUCAAGAACGGGGACGUGGUGGCCCAUACUCUUCACAGACACGAACCUCCAGUCUCUGCGCAACCAGUUGGAGUGAUUCAUGAGGAUGACAGCAUGAUUGUGAUUGACAAGCCGUCUGGCGUGCCUGUUCAUCCAGCUGGACGUUAUAAGUUCAACUCGGUCGUCGAGAUCAUGCGGGCCGAGCGGGGGUACACUUUCAACCCCUUGCCUUGCAAUCGUCUGGAUCGCCUGACAUCUGGCGUUAUGUUUGUUGGAAAGACCGCCAAAGAGGCCGAGCGGAUGAGCGAGAAGCUUCGAUCUCGUACCGUGAGAAAGGAAUACGUGGCACGUGUGGUUGGUCGUUUCCCGGACGGCGAAGGAGCGGGUUUCGAUGAGGCCGCUGGUAACGGCAAGGGAGGCGUUGUGAAGUGUGAGGAGAGCAUUCUCCAGAUCAGCCCAAUAUUGGGCCUGAACAGGGCACGCGCGACUGGCAAAUCAGCGAAGACGAUCUUCAGGCGGAUAGCCUACUACCCACCUAAGCCAACUUCCUCUUCAAUACCAGACGGAGCAGCUCACGAUGGAACAUUACCGACAACAGAGAAUCUUGGGUAUUCGAUCGUUCACUGUUUACCUCUUACUGGUCGAACACAUCAGAUACGAGUUCACUUGCAAUUUCUCGGCCACCCCAUCAGCAAUGACCCUAUCUAUUCAAAUAGGAAAGUUUUUGGCAACGGCCUCGCCCAGCAUGACGCGAGUGGGGACCACGACAAGGAGAUCAUAGCCCGCCUGUCUCGUAUGGGCAAGGACGAACUGCCAGAAACAUCCGAAACGCUUUCGGCAUCCAAAUUGAUUGACCAAACGCGGCAAAUGACAGUUUCCGAGGCCCAGGCGCUUGAAUGUUCCGAGCCGCAGAGACCGACACAUCUCCGGCUAGACGGGGAACCGCAUAAAGGCAUACCGCAAGGUACUCUUCACGCGUCUUCAGCGCUUGAUGGCCGUCUUUCUGCUCCAGACAUGCUGGCCGGGAAGGCAGCUGAAGCGACGCUGGAUUUGGACCUGGGCUACACCGACCCGAACCAUGGCCAGCUCAUUCGCGCUCAUGAUGCACAGGUCGAGGAGUAUAACAAGCGGAAGGGCGAGAAAAUGACCGGUGAGGUGUGUGAGACCUGCGAAACGCCACUAUAUUCCGAUCCUGCCCCUGAAGAUUUGGGCAUCUAUCUCCAUGCUCUUGCAUAUGGCGAUUUGAACGGCGCAUGGCGGUAUCAAAGUCCCUUGCCUGUUUGGGCUCUCCCUCCCGAAGGGAUGGAAGGGGCAACUGAAUGGCACGCAUGGGAACCUUCAGGCCUUGGAUGGGAGAACGAGGGAAUCGGCGAUGAGGAAGAAGAGCGUCAAAGAAGGAACAGAGAAGGCGAACGUAGAAAUCGAGGGAAGGAUGCUGAUCCCGAACUUGCGGCAUGA